CACAUACAUGUCUCUUUGCGCCGACUUCUAAGUCUUAUUCUCUACUAAUUCCAAACACAAAUUCCAAAAAAAUCAAGAAACCUUAUGGAAGACGACGGUGAGAGGAAUACCACGGCGCCGCAGCAAGACCAGGCAACCGGGAGCGAGGAUGACUCGGUGGAGAGGAUAUUCGAGAGCAAAGAGGUGCCGUCGUGGCAGAGACAGCUGACGCUCCGUGCGUUUGCAGUGAGUUUCAUUUUGGCCAUUCUGUUCACGUUCAUCGUGAUGAAUCUGAAUCUGACGACUGGGAUCAUCCCAUCACUCAACAUCUCAGCUGGCCUCCUCGGAUUUUUCUUCGUCAAGACGUGGACCAAGUUCCUUGAGAAAUCUGGCUUUCUCAAGCAGCCAUUUACUAGGCAGGAGAACGCCGUCAUUCAGACUUGUGUGGUCGCCUCCUCCGGCAUCGCCUUCAGCGGAGGCUUUGGGAGCUAUCUUUUUGGUAUGAGCGAAGAUAUCAGCAAUCAAACUGCUGAUCAUAAACCUCAGAAUACUAAGAAUCCUAAACUUUCAUGGAUGAUUGUGUUCUUGUUCAGCGUUAGCUUUUUGGGUCUCUUCACUAUUGUACCUCUUCGGAAGAUCAUGAUCAUUGAUUAUAGACUUACUUUUCCAAGUGGUACGGCAGCUCAUCUCAUCAACAGCUUUCACACUCCUAAGGGAGCCAAGUUAGCCAAGAAACAAGGAAGAGCUUUGGGGAAGUUCUUCACCUUCAGCUUCCUCUGGGGUUUCUUCCAAUGGUUUUUCACUGCAACCAAUGGUUGCGGAUUCAGCAGUUUCCCUACAUUUGGCCUUAAAGCAUACGAUAACAAGUUCUAUUUUGAUUUCUCAGCAACAUAUGUUGGUGUUGGUAUGUUAUGUCCGUAUCUCAUUAACAUAUCAAUGCUGGUUGGCGCUAUCCUGUCGUGGGGCAUUAUGUGGCCGCUGAUAAACAACCGGAAGGGCGACUGGUACUCUGCCGACUAUCCAUCUUCCAGCCUUCAUGGCUUGCAAGGUUACAAGGUCUUCAUUGCCAUAGCCAUAAUUCUUGGCGAUGGCCUCUACAACUUGGUUAAGAUCCUAAGCCACACCUUAUUCGUCUUGUACUUCCAACUUCGCAACAAAAUGGCGGCUCAAGCCCUACCAGUCGUCGGCAACGACAACACCCCUACGCCUCCUCAUCCUCUCUCCUACGACGAUCAACGUAGAACCCAUCUUUUUCUCAAGGACCAAAUCCCCAAUUGGAUUGCCAUUUCCGGCUACAUCAUUAUUAGAGUUAUAUCUUCUGCUAUCCUUCCUCACAUCUUCCCCACUCUAAAAUGGUACUACAUUGUAGUCUUAUACAUACUUACACCCGUGCUAGCCUUCAGCAAUGCCUACGGUUGCGGCCUUACGGAUUGGUCUCUGGCUUCGAGUUACGGGAAGCUGGUGAUAUUUUUGAUCGGCGCGCAUGCCGGAGCUGCCCACAGAGGCGUUCUGGCCGGGCUGGCUUCCUGUGGGGUGAUGAUGAACAACGUCUCGACCGCCUCAGACCUGACCCAGGACUUCAAGAACGGGUACAUGACCCUCUCGUCUCCGCGGUCUAUGUUCGACCAGCUCAUUGGAACUGCCAUGGGAUGCGUGAUCUCGCCCUGCGUCUUCUGGAUCUUCUACAAGGCCUUUGAUGAUCUCGGGGUUAGUGGCUCGCAGUUUCCAGCACCGUACGCAUCCAUUUACCGAAACAUUGCGAUCUUGGGAGUGGAGGGGGUUUCGUCUUUGCCCAAGAACUGCCUCACGCUGUGCUGCGUGUUCUUCGUUGGGGCCGUUGUGAUCAAUGGCAUCCAGGACGUGGCGGGGCCCAGAUGGGGGAGGUUCAUUCCUAUUCCUAUGGCAAUGGCGAUCCCGUUCUAUAUCGGGGCGUAUUCCGUCAUUGGUAUGUGUGUUGGGAGCUUGAUCCUUUUGGUUUGGAGGAGGAUCGAUAGAGAGAAGGCGGACGCAUUUGCGCCCGCGGUGGCUUCAGGGUUGAUCUGCGGAGAUGGGAUAUGGACACUGCCGGCCUCACUUCUUGCAAUGGGGGGCGUGAAGCCGCCUAUUUGUAUGAAGUUUCUGUCUAGGGAAGCGAAUGCUAGGGUUGACGACUUCUUGCUCUAGUGAAAUACUCUUAGUUGGUAAGACG